ACUGGGUGUAACAGGUUUGAGGAAAAUGGCUUCCAGUCUGGACCUGUUUGAUUGCUCUAUUUGUCUACAGCUGCUGGAUGAACCUGUGACUACAGCCUGUGGACACAGCUUCUGCAAGAAGUGCAUCAACACUUUCUGGGACACGGGACGAAACCUGGAGGGAACAUACACUUGCCCUCAGUGCCGGACAGCUUUCAGCCCGAAGCCUGCUCUUCAGAGAAACACGGUCUUGGCUAAUCUGUUGGAGGAGCACAAGAAGAAAGCCGGUCAAAGCGCUGCUGGGGGUCAAAGUGCUGCUGGGGGUCAAAGUGCUGCUGGGGGUCAAAGCGCUGCUGGGGGUCAAAGCGACGCUGCUCUACCCGGGGACGUGCCGUGUGACGCCUGCACUAAGAGAAAACAAAAAGCAGAGAUGUUUUGCCUCACGUGCCUGGCCUCCUUCUGCGAGACACAUCUGCAGCCUCAUGUCCAACUUCCGGUACUGAAGAAGCACAAGCUGAUUCGGGCCUCCGUGGGAGUCAAGGAAAGCGUCUGCUCCCGUCACUACAGACGUUUUGAAAUGUACUGUCGCACCGACGAGCAGCUGGUGUGUCCGCUUUGUGUGAUGCAGCACAAAAAUCAUGACAUUGUGGAAGUCACAGCAGAAGUCAAAGCAAAGCGGGAGAAGCUGGAAAGAGCCCGAAAGACAAUCGCAGACACAGUUCGGGUUUCGCACUGUGAAAUGGGACAGCUAGAGGAAGCAGCAAAAUCUAUUAGAGAUGCUGCUUGGGAGUCAAGUGACAACUUUGAGCAGCGAUGCACCGAACAUCUCCGUUUAUACGCUCACUUUCUGGAAAAGAAAUGUAUUGAGAUGAGAGGCAAAGUUGAAGAGAUGGAGAAAGCUGGAGUUGACUGGACUAACGGUCACAGAGCACGACUGGAGCAUGAAGUCCAUAAACUGAAGGAAACGGAUCAUAAUCUCUGCCAGCUUGCACAAACAAAUGAUCCCAUUCAAUUCCUAAGGGAUAUUCAAGCUGUGGGUGGCCUCCCAGAGUGUUCAGGUUCACAUGAAGGACUGGUGCCUCUGAAAGAGUUUGUGUCUGCAAAAACCACCCAAUUAAAAAGCAUGUGUGACAAACAGAAUGUACAAUUAUUUGGCCAUUUUAUGGAUAAUAUAAUGUUGUGUAUUCCCAGACGGCUUCACAUCAAACCAACAUCAAGAAAAGACAUACUGGCCAAGUUUAUAUCUCCUACGCUGGAUCCUAACACGGUGCAUCCGUGUCUAUACAUGGCAAACACCAAGAGAGAGCUAUCAUGGGGAAUAACAGGCCAGGCUGAUCCUGAUCACCCUGACAGAUUCUCCCACUUUUACCAAUCGCUGUGCCAAGACGACCUUCAAGAAAACCACUACUGGGAGGUGGAGUGGGACGGUGGCAUCAUUGAGGUGGCAGUGUCACAUAAAGGCAUACAAAGGAAAGGGCAGGGUAAAGACAGCUGCUUCGGACACAACAAGCUGUCUUGGAAAAUCAUCUGUUCUCCUUCUGGUUGCACGUUUUGGCACAACAGUCUUCAUAAAGGUCUGAUUCCCCCAGCUCAGUCACGUAGAGUGGGUGUGCACCUUGAGUACAAUGAAGGAAAGGUGAGUUUCUACAGCGUUUCACGCUGCGGCGAGCUCAUGCUACUGCACCGAGUCCAGACGACAUUCACUGAACCUCUGUAUCCUGGAUUUAGUGUGGAUUUAGGAGCGAGACUAACAAUUUGUACGUUUUAAGCUCAACUUCAACCAUAUUGUUACCGAACUGAAUUAAGAAAAUAAAUAAGCAGUAAAUUGAUUAGAACCAAUUUACAUGUCACAGAAUAAUCUGUGUAAACUUAAAUAUGGAUCAUUUUGUACCUUUCUAAGUUUUUGAUCCCAGUUUCAAAAGGAACAUGUAAGUUCUUGAUGCAUUAUUUUCAGAAAUAAUGGAUAUAAUAAAUGGUUCAAUGUACAACUCAAACAUAUAUGUCACUAUUGAUGCAUUUUGAACUGAGAUUUAUUUUUCAUAUUCUGUAAAGUUUUUGCACUGGUAACAUAGAAAUUCAGAUUUUGGUGUGAAUUUCUAUGUUCAUACAUGGAAGAAUGAAAAUACUGACAUAAAAAAUAUUUUUAGUGGUUACAGUGCUUCUUAUUUACUUCUUGCUUGAGAUUAAUGUUUAUGCAGUCAAUUGAUAAUUACAAAUAUUUUAUAUUAAAAUGGCUGUUGCUCAUUCAGUUUUUAAAUUUUUGUGCACAUCUUGACAGAUUAUCUCUAUUUGACAAAACUCAUUCCUAAUUUUUAAUGCUGCUUGUAAUGUCUGCAAAUUUGAUUGACUCACAUUAUAAACUUCAGCAAAACUUACCUCUCUAUUAUUAUUAGUUUCUCAUUUGUCAUAAUAUGUUAAUGUUUCUUUACCACUUGAAUUUGAGUAUCAUGUCAA